AGGACGAACCAGAGGCGGGUGAAGAGAGAAAGAAGUGAAACACAGGAAGAUAUAAACCACAAAAUCAGAGGUGUGGUGAGGGAGGGCAGAGGGGAGAGUAGAGAUUUGUGGACCAAAGGAGGCAGAGAAAUCAAGAAGCGCAGUGAGGAAAAAGGGGGCGAAAGGAGAGCGUCUCACUGUAAAAACUGCAAGAAACUAAGAGCGUGCCAGACUCAGACAGCGAACCCUGCAAACACAGGUAAGAGAAAGAUGCACGCCCUCCUACUGCUGAGCUGCUUAGUCCUCGCUGCAACAGAACACUUCCUUGCCUCCGCCCACAUGAUCCCUGAGGAGAGUCUCGCCACAAAUAGGGUUGUGUUUUCUAACGCUCUGUCUCAAAGCCUUGACAUAGCACCCCCUCAUGUUGUUAUUGUAGAAUUGCCAAAAACAGUGAAGAGGAACAAGAAAACAAAGAAACAAAAAAAGAACAAAUUUGGUGUGAAGAAGCGCCCUCCUCCUCCUGCUAACUGUGUUCCCCUGUUGGGAAGCUGUAAAUCGUCAAACAGUGUGUGCUGUGAUUUCUGUGCUUUCUGCCAGUGUCGGCUCUUCAGAACGGUCUGCUUCUGUCGGAUGGGAAACCCACGCUGCUGAACCGCCAGCUGCAGACUAACUUAGCUCGAGUUAUCAAAGCGAAACUUUAUACCAAAGCAAGCCAGUGGGAGUUAUCACCGUGACAGGUGAAUAACUUCUGGUCCUUGGUUUAGCAAUCUCAGAAUCUAUCGGCUAUCGCUCUGAUGACAGCUUACGGUGUUGCCAGCGGAUAUUGAAAUUCCGUCCCUGACUUCUUCCUCAAUUUGCAAGUCAUCGUUUUUAGUCCGAUUAGGAACAUGGGAGCAGGUGUUUUAGGUCCAGACGACAUUUCAAUUAAUCUAUAGGAACAGAUAUCUAAAUAUGAAUAUUGAUAAAUGAAAAACAAUUAUCCUCAGAAGAUAGCCGAUGGGUUCUGAAAUUUCAUUCAAUGUGUUCAACCUCUUUUACACGGACCGUUUACCUACAUGCAACCAAAGCUCACUCAAAUGUGAUUGGUCAACACUUCUUGGACUUCAAACAGAAACCAGAAGGCUUCUGGAACCGCAUUCUCAUUGGCGACAGACUCUGAAAUCAUGUGCCCAUAUCUGUUUAUAGAGAUUAUUCAUUUAAAACAUGCAUAAAAUCCACUGCAUGAAAGCACUUUAUUACUGAACACUGCCACACAGUGAACUUUCCUAAACUCUGCCAGGAUGUAUUGCUUAUAGGAAUGUUAUGACACUCACAAACCUUAUUUUUUUUAUUUUACUCUGAGCUUUAAACACUCAAAGAGAAAUACAUUAAUGCACCGAGCAAUAUAUUUUCUGAAGCAUGAUAAGAAUAACAUCCAUGUACUACAUGUUUUAUUUAACAUUGCUUUUUUUGUUAAUGUAUAACAAAGUGAUAUGUUUCACAUAUAUUUAAAGAGUCAGGUUUCAACUCGAAAAGACUCAGACUAACAAUGUGUUAGUAUAUCUUGCAAUACUUUAUGCUUUUACAAACUUGUCUGUGGCACUGUUUACGCCCAUUGGUCCCUGACAGAGUCCAACAUAUUCAAAAAUACAAAGAUAUAGGAGGAAAAAGAUCAUUUGUUGAGGGCUCUGGCUCAUCGUUGUCAAUUCAUUCUCAACGCCAUAACUGGAAUAAAUGAAGAGUGACAAAAAAAUACAUUUAGCUAAAUUAAAAAAUGAAUUCAGACAAUUAAUGGUGUCGCGUGUCUGAGGUUUCCCCAAAAGCAUUUUCUCUUUACCUAUCAGUGCUUUACAUUCUGAGGAAAAUAAACUCAGCUCUGCAACUUUGUUUCCUGGGAUCCUUUAGGCUAUGAUUUCCAGUAAGUGAUUGCUACAUUAUGAUACACACAUGUAUUUUUGCAUCCCCCUUGGCAAGAAAUAAUAAAAAGAUAGUCUAAACUGUGGCUUUUUAAUGAUUGCCUCCCUGGACAACCACAAACUAAGCAACUUGACAAGCUGGUCGGUGAUGGACAUUGACAGAUUGUUACUGAAGAAAUCAAAUCUGAGGCUGAAUGCAUAUAAUGUAAGCCAUUUCGGACAAAGCCCUCUGCCAAAUGACUGUAAUGUGAAAAGUUGCAGCACAAUUUAGUAAUUAUUAACAAUAACAUUUCUACACUUAAAUGACCUUUGAUAAUGCUACCUUAAAAGUGAGCUUACCAAAAAUGACGAUGUGCUUCUAGUUUGAUUUCAUGGUUUGUAUCAAUGUUUUGUAACUUCCUGUCAUAUGUUUUUAGUAGGAUCGUAUAUAAAUGUAGUCCAUUGAUCUGGAACUCUUUCCCUCAAGAACAUUUAAUGUUUGUUAUCUAAAAGUUAGACAGCCUUAACAUUUCUGAUUUCAAAAAUUCCUCAUAGCCAAUACAUUUUGGUGGCCGAAAAUAUUGUUAAUCAAUCCGUAGUCAAAUGUUUAAUCUGUAAAUGCAUUCAGGCUGGUAAAUAAAACUUUCAGACUCACAAAAUGUCAGAAAAUACAA